CGAGACUAGGGCUAGGCAUCCACACCCCUCGGUUCCCCUCCUACUCCGCCGCCGUCGUCUCCUCCGAUCCCCCCGAGGCCGGGCUCCUCCCCUCCGACCCGACAGGUCCAACAGUAGGCAGACCAAAAGUGCAUUUCGGACAUGGAUCAAUACUCACGGAUGAUCAACAAUGAUGAAGGUGCCACAAGUGGUGUUACCCCUGGAUCAUAUCCUCUAACCACAUACCUACAGCCUGCAGCACUGGAAUCAGUGCCUCCAUCGUCAGCAGCCGGUGCCGCCUUCCUUCCAGUUCCACCAGCUUCCCAGGGCGCUGCAUCCUACCCACCAGCCACCAUGUUGUCGUCGUUCUCGAACCAGCAAUCCUCACAUACUAACGCUUUUCAAGCAGCUACAAAUGUUGGCACCCCUGCAGCAUUUGCCCUAACACCAUACAAUCACCAACCCGAAGCAUUGGCGUCAGUGCCUCCGUCGUCGUCAUCAGCUGGCUCCAGCUUCUUCCUUCCACCAGCUGCAGGCUCCCAUGGUGCCGGCGCCGCCUACCAAGCUUCCAUCCCGGUGCCGCUGUCGAGCCAGAACCAGGCCGCGUUCCAGAGGUUCCAGCAGCUCCAGCAGCACCAGCAGCAGUACCAGCAGCAGCAGCUCCAGGCUCUGUGGACGGGGCAGCUGGUGGAGGCCGAGCAGGCCACGGACCUCAAGGUCCACAACCUGCCCCUGGCGCGGAUCAAGAAGAUCAUGAAGGCCGACGAGGACGUCAAGAUGAUCGCGGCCGAGGUGCCCGUGGUGUUCGCCAAGGCCUGCGAGAUGUUCAUCCUGGAGCUCACGCUGCGAUCCUGGCUCCAAGCCGAGUGGUCCAAGCGCCGGACGCUGCAGCGGAGCGACGUCGCCGCGGCGAUCAUCGCCAACGAGAUGUUUGAUUUCCUCAUGGAUGUCUCUCCGACAGAGGAGCAGAACGGGGGCGCGCCGCCGCCACCUCAGACGGCAACCAUGCCGGCCACCUUCCCGAUGCAGCACGUCCCGGCCUUUCCGAUGUAUGCAAACCAGCAGCCUGCGGCGUCGUUCAUGUGGCCGCCGACGGAGUACCAGCAGCAGCAGCAGCAGCAACGCCAACAGCAGAAUUCUGAUGGUCGACAAGCCGAGUGAGAUCGAGCGGUAUGACUAGUUUCCUAGCGAGGUCAGGGGUUACUGGGUUUAGCCUUUGAGCUAGGUCGUUUAAUUUGGAUUUGGAUGGAACAUUUUGUAAAAUGGAUGGGGUGCCCCUUUGAGCUUAUUGUGCUGCAUUUCCUGAAUUCCUGUGUGAUUUUAGGGAUGUGAACUCAAUUAGACCUUUUUGAGCGGGUCGUUAUCAGAUUUGACAUGUUUGUUGUUGGGCUAUGAACCCAGUAAUGUUACC